CGCCAACUCGGCCAAAGGCUAAGCCAGCAGUUUCUUCUGUUGCCGGGCAACGCGCCUUUUAAACCUGAGGGAGCGGGCGCGUGAGCACAUAAUGGCGCCCGUGACAGAGCGAGCUUAACGGAUUAAUAAGCGCAGCCAGGCCAGCUCUGGGGUCUCGGCAGGUGGUCCGCAACAUGACCUCUGAGUUCUUCGCUGCCCAGCUCCGGGCCCAGAUCUCUGACGACACCACUCACCCGAUCUCCUACUACAAGCCCGAGUUCUACACGCCGGUUGAUGGGGGCACUGCUCACCUGUCUGUCGUCGCAGAGGACGGCAGUGCUGUGUCCGCCACCAGCACCAUCAACCUCUACUUUGGCUCCAAGGUCUGCUCCCCGGUCAGCGGGAUCCUGUUCAAUAAUGAAAUGGACGACUUCAGCUCUCCCAGCAUCACCAACGAGUUUGGGGUACCCCCCUCACCUGCCAAUUUCAUCCAGCCAGGGAAGCAGCCGCUCUCGUCCAUGUGCCCGACGAUCAUGGUGGGCCAGGACGGCCAGGUCCGGAUGGUGGUGGGAGCUGCUGGGGGCACACAGAUCACCACGGCCACUGCACUGGUAUGUGUCACACCUUUUCUCCCUGGCCGUGCCCAUCCUGCACAGCCCCCAAGCCAUGCUGAUCACACUCCCAUGCCCCAGGCCAUCAUCUACAACCUCUGGUUCGACUAUGACGUGAAGCGGGCCGUGGAGGAGCCCCGGCUGCACAACCAGCUUCUGCCCAAUGUCACGACAGUGGAGAGAAACAUUGACCAGGCAGUGACUGCAGCCCUGGAGACCCGGCACCAUCACACCCAGAUCGCGUCCACCUUCAUCGCUGUGGUGCAAGCCAUCGUCCACACGGCUGGUGGCUGGGCAGCUGCCUCGGACUCCAGGAAAGGCAGGGAACCUGCUGGCUACUGAUUGCUCCAGGCGGACAAGGCUGACAAGCAAUCCAGGGACAAAAUACUCACCAGGACCAGGAAGAGGACUUUGGGGGACGGGCUUCUCCUGUGAGCAGCAGAGCAGCACAAUAAAUGAGGCCACUGUGCCAGGCUCCAGGUGGCCUCCCCGGCCUGUC